AUGAUCACAGACGUCCAGCUCGCCAUUUUCACCAACAUGCUGGGCAUGUCACUCUUCCUGCUUGUUGUUCUCUAUCACUACGUGGCUGUCAACAAUCCCAAGAAGCAGGAAUGAAAGUGGCACUUUCUCUGCCUCAGGGUUC